AGUUCAGACACUUUCAACUUCAGUAUUUUGAUAUUAACUUAUACUAAAUCACAGAAUUGUAGUAUUUUAUAGCAAACUAUGUACCCCAAAUUUGAUAUUUGUGUAGAGCAUCCUCUUGGCAUAUUGUGUAAAUGUACAGACUAUCAAGAAAUAGUAAAUAAAUUCGGAUCUUAUGGCAUUGGUACAGAACACUAUUUACUACCUAAAGUGAAUGUAGAAUCAAUUGCUUCUGCAAAAGUUUUGUGGAUAAAAAACCCUAUCAGAUUAUGUGGAGAUUUCUCUAAACCAUUACUUCUUUACCCUCGAGAACAACCAAAUAUUAAUAUUUCUAAUGUAGAUAAAAUGUGGAUACCUAUCAUACCAGACUUAAUACCUUUGAAAUUUAUAUUCCAUAAACUUUAAACUUCUGAAACUACAUU